UUUAAUCCCGAUAACGAUUAGUCGAGUUCCAGACAGUCGGUUGGAAGGUUGUUCAGGAAGCUUUAUUCCAGAGUGGACUUAAACAUUGCAUUUGGACUUCUACAUUGAAUGUUCUGUUGUGACGAUGCUGUGAUUGGAUCGAGUUGAAGUUCCACUGAAGUGAGAAGGAUUAUUCUGUCCUAGUUUCAAUUUACUUUGGAAGUGCGUGUCGGAGGUUCCUUCAACUACUUGGAGUUUAAUCAUCGGUGCUGAAAAAUGUCGAUUUGUUUGCGUGGUCUGGGAUUAUACCGCGGGGCAACGUUCCGCUGUAGAUACCAGCAGAUGUUGAUAAACUCCCGGAGUUUUUCGGUAGUGAGCAGCCCAGGAGUGAGCGCGUACAUGAUGAAUCAAGCCAACAAGGUGUACCGUUCCGACAGGACUCUCCACUCGAUCCAUGAUCGCGAGCGGGCCACCAUUUCCGAGCGCAGCCAACUCAAAUCGGCCCGUCGGAUGGUCGUAAAGCUGGGAAGUGCCGUGAUCACGCGAGAGGAUGAACACGGUCUGGCGCUUGGUCGAUUGGCUUCCAUUGUCGAGCAGGUCGCAGAGUACCAUGUCGAGGGUAGAGAGUGUAUCAUGGUUACCAGCGGUGCGGUGGCGUUCGGUAAGCAGAAACUAACCCAGGAGCUGUUGAUGAGUUUGUCGAUGCGGGAGACGUUGUCGCCUACGGAUCACACCAGACAGGACGCGGGAACGAUGCUCGAACCUCGGGCUGCUGCUGCGGUGGGACAGUCGGGUCUGAUGUCGCUGUAUGAUGCGAUGUUUGCCCAGUAUGGUAUCAAGGUGGCACAGGUGCUAGUGACGGAACCUGAUUUUUACAACGAGGAAACUAGGAAGAAUUUGUUCAGCACUUUAUCAGAAUUGAUCAGUCUGAAUAUUGUGCCUAUCAUCAACACGAAUGACGCCGUUAUGCCUCCGAUGUUUGUCGUUAAUCAGGAAGUGUCGGCUACAGGGAAGAAACGAGGCAUCAAUAUCAGAGACAAUGAUAGUCUGGCAGCACUUCUCGCCGCGGAAAUUCACGCUGAUUUGCUGAUUCUAAUGUCGGAUGUUGAUGGAAUCUACAACAAGCCACCAUGGGAAGAUGGUGCUUUGUUGAUGCAUACGUAUACUUCGGCGGAUAAAGACUUGAUCAAAUUUGGUCAGAAGUCGAAGGUUGGCACUGGUGGCAUGGAUUCAAAGGUAACUGCCGCAACAUGGGCGCUGGAUCGUGGUGUCAGUGUUGUUAUCUGUAACGGUACUCAGGAGAAGGCUAUCAAACAUAUUUUGACCGGAAGGAAGGUGGGAACAUUUUUCACAGAGUCAACCGCGGAAAAGGCUCCUCCGGUCGAUCAGUUGGCAGAACAUGCCCGCGUUGGCAGUCGUGUCCUUCAAAAUCUUUCAUCAAGCGAUCGGGCUCUUUGUGUAAAUACUCUGGCCGAUCUGUUAAUCUCGAGACAAUCUCAAAUACUGGAAGCCAACGCUAGGGAUUUGGAUGAAGCCAAAAAAUCAGGACUCGCAAAACCGCUUCUGUCGCGUCUAUCUCUGACUCCGGCUAAACUAGAGGGUCUAGCCAUCGGGUUGAAGCAAAUUGCGGAAGAUAGUCAUAGGAACGUUGGUCGCGUGCUGCGGAAAACUAAGCUUGCCGAUGGCCUCGAGCUGAAGCAAGUGACGGUCCCGAUUGGAGUUCUGCUGGUUAUCUUCGAGUCACGACCUGAUUCUCUGCCUCAAGUAGCAGCCCUUGCUAUGGCAUCCGGAAAUGGGCUACUUCUGAAGGGUGGUAAAGAGGCUGCUCAUAGCAAUAGGGCACUGAUGGAGCUGGUCAAGCAAGCACUGGGGACAGUCGGCGCGGCCAAGGCAAUUUCUUUGGUCUCCACGCGCGAAGAGAUCAGUGAUCUUCUGUCGAUGGAUAAGCACAUAGAUCUGAUCAUUCCACGAGGAUCGAGUGAGCUGGUUCGAAGCAUUCAGGAAAAAUCCCACCACAUUCCGGUGAUGGGUCACGCUGAAGGAAUUUGUCAUGUGUACAUUGACAAAGAAGCGAAUUUGGAUAAGGCUUUGAAAAUCGUUCGCGAUUCGAAGUGUGACUAUCCGGCAGCAUGUAAUGCCAUGGAAACACUAUUGAUCCACGAGGAUCUCAUAAACAAUGGGACCUUCUUCGCUGAUGUGUGUAACAUGCUUAAGCGAGAAGGUGUCAAAAUUAAUUCCGGACCGAAACUCAAUCAGGUUUUGACUUUUGGGCCACCGCAAGCGAAAUCACUCAAGUUCGAAUACGGUGCGUUGGAAUGUAGCAUCGAAGUGGUGAAGGAUCUCGAGGAAGCCAUCGAUCAUGUGCACACGUACGGAAGUGGUCAUACCGAUGUAAUUGUUACCGAGAAUGAAUCAUCCGCGAGCUACUUCCAGAAUCACGUGGACAGCGCAUGUGUUUUCCACAAUGCUAGCAGCCGAUUCGCUGAUGGAUUCCGUUUCGGUUUGGGUGCGGAGGUUGGAAUUUCAACUGCAAGAAUUCACGCUCGUGGUCCGGUCGGAGUGGAGGGUCUGCUGACGACCAAAUGGAUAUUGAGUGGCGUUGACCACGCUGCAGCUGAUUUCAGUGAUGGUUCGCGCAAAUGGAUUCACGAGUCCUUACCAAUUGAAUGACUCAUUCGAAGGGCGAUAGCAUUCGUUAAAAAGUUUAAGAUUGUGUAGCAAAUUGACUCAUUUAUCAUAGUUUUGUAGAAUAUUAUCCAUUUUCCAUUCGAAAACGACUCAACAAUAAACUCAUUUUAAAGGUAUAA